AUUUCCUAUUGGAGAAUCCCCGUUUAUGUCUUUAAAGUCUGUCAGAGAUAGUUUAUUACGGGAUUUGUUUAAAGAUCGGAGCGGAGUGAGUGAGAGCAGAGGAUCAGAGAGUGGAGGAGACUCGACCCUCUUUCGUCUGCAGUCCCAUAACUGAGAAUUCAAGAAUGCAUUCGGCGGUGCUUCUCUUCGCCUCUGCCCUCUCUGUGGCCACCUUCGCCCUCGACAAUGGAGUGAUGAGGACCCCUCCCAUGGGCUGGUUGGCAUGGGAGCGAUUCCGCUGUGACAUUGACUGUGAACACGAUCCCAAGAACUGCAUCAGUGAGAAUCUGUUCAUUGACAUGGCAGACAGACUCUCAGAGGACGGCUGGAGGGAACUCGGAUACGUCUAUGUGAACAUAGAUGACUGCUGGUCCUCCAUGGAGAGAGACAAGGAGGGACGGCUGCAGCCAGACCCGAAAAGGUUUCCAGGAGGCAUCCCUAAACUUUCACGCUACCUGCACGACAGGGGUCUUAAGCUGGGGAUCUACGGGGACAUGGGCACACACACUUGUGGUGGCUACCCCGGCACCACACUGGACAAGAUCAAGAUAGAUGCUCAGACCUUUGCUGACUGGGAGGUGGAUAUGUUUAAAUUUGACGGCUGUUAUUCUAAUGCCACAGAGCAAGAGCAGGGCUACCCUCUCAUGUCAGAGGCUUUAAAUGCUACGGGCCGUCCCAUUGGCUACUCCUGCAGCUGGCCUGCCUACCAGGGUGGCCUGCCACCUAAGGUAAACUACACUCAACUGGGCAAGAUCUGCAACCUGUGGCGUAACUAUGGCGACAUCCAGGACUCUUGGGACAGUGUCCUGAACAUUAUUGACUGGUUCUUUGAGAACCAGGAUGUCCUGAUACCUGCAGCUGGACCUGGAAGGUGGAACGACCCUGAUAUGCUGGUUAUUGGAGACUUCGGCCUCAGCAUGGACCAGUCCCAGUCUCAGAUGGCUCUGUGGGCGAUUAUGGCCGCUCCUCUUUUCAUGUCCAACGAUUUACGCACCAUCAGCAGCGGGGCCCGCAGCAUCCUGCAGAACAAAAUGAUCAUCAGCAUCAACCAGGACCCCAUGGGCAUCCAGGGAAGACGCAUUGUGAAGGAGAAGAGUGGCAUUCAAGUGUUCAUCCGUCCCCUGUCAAACAAUGCCAGCGCACUGGUAUUCUUCAGUCGUCGCACUGACAUGCCCUACCGCUACAAGACUUCCCUCAGCAAACUCAAUUACGCAACUGGCAGCUACAGGAUCUUUGAUGUCUUCACUGACAAGACAAUGACACUGAAAGACUCCACUGACUUUGUGGUGUCAGUGAACCCCACAGGUGUGGUCAUGUGGCAUGUCUCGGCGCCCGCCAAACUGAACCUCCGCCACUUCUACAAUGGUGGCAGACUCCAGGGAUCUGCCUACGAUGAUGAUGAAAACACCAUUCCUCGUGUCUUCCUCUGACCGCUCACUGAUUGAACUUCAUAAUCUAAUAAUCACAUCACUGUCUCUGCCUUGGUUCAGUGGCUCUUGAUAAAUUUUAACAAGACCUCACCUGUACGUCAUCGGGUGUUCAAAGGAUUUUAACCAUGAAGUGCCAAUAAAUAGGUGUAAAUUGUUUCAGCUUUCAAGCACGGCACUAUCUAUUCCCAGUCAUGGAAUCACUGUGUGCUCAGGGACAGGCACUAAUCUGAAAUCUGCAGUAUCAAUCAAACUUUAUAUUAUAGUGACAAAUGUAAGGAUUUGGGACACGUGUUCCUGUUAUUCACAGCGUAUGAGAGCUGAUGAUGGAUUUUAUUAACUCAGAUGAGAUUGCCAAAAUUAUGAUUGUUAUGAAUGUGUGUUUAGGAAAUGAAGAUUUUUUUAUAAGAAGUGAUUCAGUGAAUUGUGUGUUUUUGUCUUCACUGAAAUAAAUUUCUGUUUCACUUUUCAAUCAGGUAAACGUUUGUAUUUUAUCAUGUAGGACCAUCUUGAUCUAGAAUGACCUCAUCACAGUAAAAAUGUUACUUUUGUUCUUCAGGCUUUUUAAAAUAAAUGUAUACAUAACAA